AUGGUUCUGCAGAAAAGUGCCAUGAAAGAGCUCAGAAGACACUUGUCUUUCACUCAGCUGAGAUUCCACUGCUGUAAGAAACAGGGACGCACAUUCCACGUGGUCACAGCUUUCAACAGCUCAGGUGAAGCUGUGGUCCAGUACUUCAGCGGUCGGGCAGAUAAGCAACCGGACGCCUGUGUUUCGUUUGUGAGAUUGACAUUGAAUGACAAUUCCAAGUUAGCUAGCAUUUGCAAAGAUUGGGGACUAGCAAAUGGAAAGUACUAUGUUGGAAAGUGGGGACAUGGCGGAGAUCAAAAUAGGUUAUAGAGCUUCCCUGCCUUCUGACAAUUUAAGUAUCACCUCAGGGUCUACUUGAAUAGCGACAACGACAUGGAAUGUGAUGAUGUCGCCUCUCAGAGUGUAAACUUAGUCGGCGAUUUCUGGAAAGUCUUUGUUCGUUAGUUGCGUUUAACUCAGAGCUGUCUAUACACCAAGCAACCCUUGACUGUGAAAAUAACUUCUUUAAACGAAUAGACUGAAAACAGAGACGAACACAAGAAAUGCACCGUUGCCCUCAGCUGUGGAUUGUAAAGCCGUUUUUGCGCACAAAUAUCUAAUUAGGUCACAUAUCUGACGCUCGCUUCUUCCUUGUGGUAGGCUUACCGACAGUGCUCCACUGUUUUUAUCAUGUAGUUAUAGUUUUACAUACACCGGAUCCUAAAGGAGUCAAUGAGAUAAACACGGUUUUCUAUGUAGUAGUUUAUGUUGCUUUAUGUAUUUCCAAGAACAAUUAAGGUUCGAAGAGAUAGACUCUCCCUUUUGUUUGGUCACGGAAUAUGUAAAUAUACUGAUAUCCGACUGAAUAUAAAAAAAUAUUAGGGCAAGGUGUUUUUUUAAAUCUUACAAUUUGUUAUUUCAUCCAUUUCAAAGUCAAAUCGUUCAAGCUUUUGAGAGCACGAGGAACUUUGUCCGAAGUAUAAAGGGGGUAAGUUUUUAGAGAAACAGUGGUGCUGUGUCGGUGGGGGAGUAUGACAUAAUAAUUUGGUUUUAUCAACUGAAUUGUUAACGUAAGUUGUAAAUCAGAAAGACGUUAUUUACAGAUCAGUACAAGUGAGAAUUUGACGAUUUAACUGACGGAUCAAUUUUCUAUCAAUCUUAUUCCGUAAGGGGAUGUAUUCAGAUUAGUUUUAGAAUUCUUUUGUUUCCGAAGGCCUGUAAGGAUUAAAUCUAAAUCUAGAAAAAUGAUCGAACAAUCCUCUCUCGAGAAUUAACUCAUAGAACAAACAUGAGCUCUAGUUACUAUUUAUUUUACAGUAUUUGUCACGAACAAUCGAGCAAAUCUGCUCGCGAUAGAGGCAUCGGCAUUGCAUCACUGAGAGAACAUAGAUACCACUGGUCUUCAAACAAGCAAUGGCCAGUCUCAACCUCCUAGCGAGAUUUUCGCUGGUGUGAGUUCAGUGGACUUUCUGAUACAGAAACCUUUGAUAUGAUAGGAGAGCCCCCUCGUAUAGAAUGACGACUAUUUUAGCCUCCUAAUUGUAAACAUGCAUGCGGUAUGAAAAGAUCCCCCUACAUAGCCUACUCCGGUCCGCCACAACGGAAAUGUUUUCUUCCAAAGGGCACAUAACGUUGCUAAUAUUGGGAUUUCAGUCGACUGAAACUUGAAGGGAAAGUAGCUUAUGAGUGCUAAAAGCAUAAUAUAAUUCUUGACUUGUAGAGAGCUCUGAACGCGACAUUAAUGCAAUUCCCAACUUAAAUACGUCUUUUGAUUGAAGGGCUGAACAUGUCGCGAGUCGUGAAUCAAAAUACACUUACUUUCUCGGAUAAACAAACUUCACUGAGCCCCCGUGGAAACGACGACUUGACUUUCGACUCUCACGUGAUGCAGUGCCCAACUUAAAUACGUCUUUUGAUUGGAGGGCUGAACAUGUCGCGAGUCGUGAAUCAAAAUACACUUACUUUCUAGGAUAAACAAAAUUCACUUGGCCCCCAGGGAAACAAAUGCUUGACUUUCGACUCUCACCGUGUAACCGCAGCAAAUGUGUGUGUCAGCAUGCCUAUAAAAAUUAUUUUUUGCAGUCAUUUUCGAGUUGGGAUGUAGGAGAAACACUUUAAAAAAAUAAAAAUUAAAGUAACUAGCACCACAGGAAACAGUGAAGAUUCCUUUACCUUACCCUGCCAGGGCAACAAAACUCUCUGUAUCCCUUGGAGUCGGUCAUUAGUCACUUACUUUACCAACUUUGCCAGGUGUCUACAUUAUAAUUGUCUGGAAGCGAAAGUAAACACUAUUAGUAGGGUAGCUGGAGGGCAGAGGAUGAGAAAAUAAUUAGCGCAUCAGAAGAAACAAAUGUUUCUUAGCAUAUUGGCUUCCGUUGCCAAUUUUAACGUGCACGAGUCAAAAAUAGGAACGCAGAAAUACAUGUAUGGUACAGCAGAUAUAUCUACAAAUUGUGACUCAUAAAUGUACGAGUUAGAAGGUGAGAGGGAAUUCUGUCACUUUUCAUCUCUCUCUGUUGAAAUUACAUCCUGUAGCUCUUUUUUAUUAAGCGAAUUCCGCUUUGUUUGGUGGGAAAAAGUUGUCAUCGAUCCCGAAUGCGACUAAUUGAUACUCAUAGAAAUCCUUGUGCAAGAGAAAAGAGGUCCGCAAAAUAAAGAACAAUCCGAAUGAUCGAGGUUGUUUCUAUUAAUGUUAAACGACCCCACGCUUUACUCGAAUGUAAAGAAAUGUUAAUCAGAAAUGUUAGUCGUGAUCAGUACUUCGUUCAAAGCUGACUAUUGCUUGAUUUACGAAAGGGGUUCUCAAGCUGUUUCUUUUUAUAUUUUUUUUUAAUUAUUGUCUCAAGUUUCAUUAAAAUAGUAUGAAAAGCUGAUAAAAGAUUUUUUUCAAUAGAAAAAUACGAGAGGAGUGGAAAGAAACUGAAGGUCAGAAUAUACUGGUUUCAAGGAGGAACCAAGUCAUUCAAUUUGGAAAAAAUUGGCUAAUUUAAACUUAAGAAGAAGAUUGCUUUCCAACUUUGAUAACAACAUAAUAAAAACAAUCCGAGUAAUCUAGGUUUGUUUCUAGCUAAAUGCCCUCACGCUUUACUCAAAUGUAGAAAAAGCUAACCCCAAGCCGUGAUCAGUACUUCGUGCAAAUACGACUGAUGCAUAAUUUAUGUAUGAGUUCUUAAGCUGUUUCUAUUUAUUUCUUUUAAUCAUUGUCUCAAAGUUCAUUAAAAUUGUAUGAAAAGUUGAUAAAAGAGUUUUUCGAUACAAAAAUACGAGAGGAGUGGAAGGAAACUGAAGGUAAGAAUAUACUGGUUUCAAGAAGAUUGCUCUCUAACUUUGAUAACAACAUAAAUCUUGAAUAGUCAGCCACUUGGAUAUAUACGUUUGAGUGAGAAGUAUAUCUACAAAAGACCUUUACUACCGCAUAAACGUGAAAGAAAAGUCGAGUCGUGAUCAGUACUUCGUGCAAAACUGACCAAUGCAUAAUUUAUGUAAGGGUUCUCAAGCUGUUCCUAUUCAUUUCUAUAAUUUUCAUUGUUACACAAGGUUCAUUAAAAUUGUAUGAAUAGUUGAUAAAAGAGUUUUUCAAUGCAAAAAUACGAGAGGAGUGGAAGGAAACUGAAGGUAAGAAUAUACUGGUUUCAAGGAGUAACCAAGUCAUUCAAUUUGGAGAAAAUUGGUUAAUUUAAACUUCAGAAGAAGAUUGUUCUCUAACUUUGACAACAACAUAAGUCUUGAAUAGUCAGCCGCUUCGAUAAAUAUGUUUGAGUGAGAAGUAUAUAUACAAAAGACCUUUAUUACCGCAUAAACGUGAGAAGAAAAGUCGAGGAGAAGUAAGAAAAGGAAGGUGAGUGUGAGUGAGAAACUCGAUGUAUUUACUUACUAUCGGGUGAGUAACUUGUGCAAGCCAGCGGACAAGAAUUAAUCCUCAGCAGGGAAGAUUCCUUUAUAUGACUUGCUAGUUUAAAAAGCGCUCGUAUUCCUUCGCUGAGUCAGACAAAGUGUAAUUAGCAAAAUCCUAAAUUCACAAGCAAAACUAUUUGUUGCAUCUAAGAAGGGAGAAGGGCAACAUUUGUCAUCUGUUUUUCUUUCUUUCGCAAAUUACAGGAUGAGAGGGCUUCUAGUUGGUUUCCAUUUCUGUCCCGUUCUGUUGAGUGGUGUUGCUUUGUUUCUUGUGGCUUUCAGUUCGUCUUUGCACACUGACUUGAGCAGGGACGAGGUUUUCGAGCGAAUUGAAGGUAACACGUAAAUGUGUUAUACCUCUGGACACAGUGAUAUUUUGUUCCGGUGGGAUGUGAGUGUUUCAAGUGCCAUGGGAUCGGAAAACUGGGAUCGGUUGACACAGAUUCUGAUCCCUCCCCCACCCCCCUAAUAAGGCUUUGUGACAUUCCUACAAUCCCCUUCAUUGGUAGUAAAUUUCCAUUCUUCCCCCUUUAUACUCUGUUAGCCACAGCAGUUCGCUCUGGAAAAAAAAUAUAAGAUCGCCCCAAAAUUGGGUAAAAACAACAGGAACUUUCUACGUGCAACUCUCAUAACUCUCAGGGCUUCUUCAUAUUCACCUUUGUAAGAUAUCAAGAGUCAAGAUGACCUCUUAAGACAGGGUAAUUAACUACACACAAACUGUAUUAUGAAAGUAUCCAAAAUAAACUGAGUGAUGAGAACAUGAAACGCGAUUGUGUUGUUUUUCAAGGAUUUGAGCUAAUUGGUCACAUCACCAAGACAUUAUAUGCUGACGAAAUAAGCUGUGGAUUGAGUUGCCUUCGAGAUGAAAACUGCCAAUCUUACAACAGCAAAUCCGAUGCUAAUGAUGCAAAGAAGGAAUGUCAACUGAGUAAUCAAACCAAAAAUUCAAGUCCGGAAAACCUGAGGCGUAACCCACGUUCUACUUAUUAUGGAAGAGGUACUGUUGAGUAAGGUGCUUAACAUUAUGGAAAAGUUAGAGGAGGGGGAGGGUAUGAAAAGUCGGAGUAUUUUAGUUGUCACGAUGAAGUUUUCCUGAUCCUUCCAUAACGUUCCGAAUUAUUCUAUCGAUCUUCCUCAUUGGCCGCCAAUUUUCUUUAGUCCCACCUUUAAACUCUGUUAGCGACCACUGAUCCCCUCUCCAUUCCCUUGAAAACAAUGAUAUCCCCCCCAAGACUCUGCCACCCCUCCCACCUCCUCUUUCCAUGGCCAAGUCAAAAAUGGUGACCUAUUUCUUACUUUUGAUUAGGGCUUUUCAGAGCUCUCUCAUGUCACGUGUACAUCCAUGUAUAAUCUUUCCCGAGAGAAUAUGAAGUUAAAAAUCUCUUGCUUUUCCUUAUAAUGAAAGGUUUUCCAUAUUCUUAGUUUGAAUUGAAAGAUGCUAUGGAUCCUGCAAAGAUUUAUAAAAUCUAGAGCUAUCUAACAAUUACGCGAAAAGAACUACUUAUGGAAUAAGACCUCUGUGGCGUGUUUUGUUUCUGAAUUUGAUCCUCUCCUCGUUUUAAAUGAUUAUUCUUUUUCCUAUGCAGGUAAACGAGGUUGGGAUUUUGCUCAUCCGGCCUUCUCCUGUAAAGAAAUUCUGGACUCUGGACACUCCAAAGGUAAACGAGGUCGGGAUUCUGCUCAUCCGGCCUUUUCCUGUAAAGAAAUUCUGGACUCUGGACACUCCAAAGGAGACGGGGAGUAUUGGAUCGACCCUGAGAAGAGUGGAAACCCUUUGAAGGUCUAUUGUGACAUGUUAAGAUCUGGUGGUAAGAAAAGGAAUUUUUUUUUUUUGAGACACGAGAACUUCAACAGGAGUAUAUUUGAUCUUGGCUAUUCUUGCUUUCUCUACAAAUAUCCUUCUUAUGUUUUGAAUCAAAAUGUUUGUAAUUGAACAGUGUAAUAGGACCGUUAAAGGGAUAGUUAACGCGUUAUGCCUGUGUGAGUGGACAGAACGCGUCAUGUGCGCGCUGUUGUCUCGCAUUUCGCCGGGUGAACUGUUGUUUUUCGUUUUUGUGAAAACGUAUAACCAAUGUAUAGUUUCUUUCUCAAUUUUUGUCAUAGUUUUGAUUAAUUGGUAACAGGCCUCCUUGUCGUCCAAUUCUGUCUGUAGUGAUACGAGUGAUUAACAAAUCGGACUCCCGCUUUGCGGUCGUAUGAUUCUAUAAAUCACUCGUAUGAUUACAGACCCAAUUGGACUCCACUCGGUCCUGUUAAUAUUUAAUAUGUCCAAAAUUCUAUUUACAUGGAUGUCACCAGAUCAUUUAGGUUUGUUUUAUUUUAGGAGGUUGGCUUCUGGUGUCAAAUGUUGAGUUCGGAAGUCCCUCUCCUAAGGUGUCAGUUGAGACAUCAUACCGUGGAAUAGGUAAGUCACAUAUGGUUCUGCAGAAAAGUGCCAUGAAAGAGCUCAGAACACACUUGUCCUUCACUCAGCUGAGAUUCCACUGCCACAAGACACAGGGACGCACAUUCCACGUGGUCACAGCUUUCAACAGCUCAGGUGAAGCUGUGGUCCAGUACUUCAGCGGUCAGACAGAUGAGCAACCGGACGCCUGUGGUUCGUUUUUGAGAGUGACGAGUGAUGACAAUUCCGAGUUAGCUGGCAUUUGCAAAGAUUGGGGUCGACUAGCAAGUAAAGAGGUCCGGGUUGGAAAGUGGGGACAUGGUGAAGAUCAAGAAAGGCUAUACUGGUAUCCCGUCUUCAGAAAUUCAAAAGUAUCACCUUAG